AUGGACCAGUACGACCAGUACGACAGCAGCAGCAGCAGCUAUCACAGUGACAGCGGCGAGGGAGGUGGCGGAAGUAGCAGCUACAUCCGCCUGAGCAGCCGCCUGCUGAGCAACCUCACCUCCUCGCUGCUCACCUCCGAGCCGACCAUCGUCAGUCAGGUGCUGGCGGCAAAUGUGGCCGCGGCCGCGGCCGCCUCCACAGCCAGCGGCCACACGCUGAACAUGCUGAACGACACACCACUGUCGACCACCACCACCACCACUUCCGGUGGCUCGGGUACCUUCGGCACCGGAAACGGCACAAACUCCAACUUCAACUCCAGCGGCGGCGGCGGCGGCAGUGGCGGCUACGUCCCCUACGAGGCCCGUCCGGAGACGUACAUCGUCCCUCUCAUCUUCCUGCUGAUCUUCGUGCUGGGCACCAUCGGCAACGGCACCGUCAUCUACAUCUUCUACCAGCACAAGUCGAUGCGCACCGUCGCCAACGUGUACAUCCUCUCGCUGGCCGCCGGCGACCUCGCCCUCAUCUUCAUCAGCGUCCCCUUCGUCAGCACCAUCUACACCUUCGAGUCGUGGCCUUACGGCCUGCUGGUGUGCAAGAUCAGCGAGUUCGCCCGCGACCUGUCGAUCGGCGUCACCGUCUUCACGCUGACCACCCUCAGCGUCCAGCGGUACACCGCCACCCACCACCCGAUUCGCUACCUCUCCCACAAGGGGCGGAACACCCUGACGCAGGCCAACACCUUCAUCUGGCUGCUGAGCAUCCUCCUAGCGGCCCCCGGCGCCUACAACUCCUACAUGCUGGAGUUUCAGGUGGAGCCCGGCCACAAGGUGAAGGUGUGCUAUCCCUUUCCGGAGCACCUCGGCCCCUGGUACUCCAAGGUGAUGGUGCUCACCAAGUUUCUCGCCUACUACGUCAUUCCGCUGGUAGUGAUCAGCGUCUUCUACACGCUGAUGGCGCGCAGUCUGAUUCGCACCACGGAAAAUCCGGUGGGCACCAAUGAGUCGCAGCACAAGCUGCUGCGCAAUCGCAAGAAGAUCAGCAAGAUCGUCCUCGGCCUGGUGGUCAUCUUCGCCAUCUGCUUCUUUCCCAACCAGAUCUUCAUGCUGUGGUUCUACUUUGACCCGCAGGCGAAUGAGCACUACAACGCUUUCUGGCACGUCUGGCGCAUCUUCGGCUUCGUCCUCUCCUUCCUCAACAGCUGCCUCAACCCGAUCGUCCUCUGCUGCAUCAGCGGCGUCUUCCGCUCGCACUUCAAGCGCUACAUCUUCAGCUGCUUCUACCGGCCGAUGCAUCGACCGCGCGAGACGAGUCUGACGCUGCCCGGCUUCCGUUCCAUCAACUCCAUUGACAUGAACACCACCAAGCAGCAGAUGAUCA